AUGACAAUAAUGAUGAGCCGAUGGCAACGAUCGGGUAUGCUCUCCUGGAGAUUAUUGAGGGCAACGAACUCUUAUCCAAGGCACCAUCCACAAGUAAUGGCUGCACUCGGAGCUGGCACCGGUUGGCAACCACCCUUUACAACGGCGACGAGAUCCCUCUCUUCCACCGCCUCAAGUCGUAUACGUCGUCGAAAGCGCGCCAAGUUUGGCACUGUCAAAAUCGAAGGAACAAUGCCUCCGAGAGAGCUGCCGGAGGCGACUAGCUCACUGAAUCAACCGUACUCGUAUGGCGGCACGGAAGGAGAAAGCUCGGACGAGUACUUCAAAAAGACAUCACUGAGCCCCUGGGUUCCCAUACCGGAUCCCAUUGCCAGAAAACUCUUUGACAUGUCUGCCGCAGGGCCCGAUGAUAUUCAUGUCGAGUUGGGCUGUGGCGAUGGACGAGUUAAUUUCUUUGCCAUUGAUCAUGGUCGCGUAAAGAAAUCAACCGGCAUUGAUGUCGACGACGGGAUCUUGGAACGAGCACGAGAAAGACUCGCCAAGAGGUACCCACAGCCGCCCUUGGAAUUCAUCACGGCAGAUUUAUUGGACUACAACAACAAUCAGCACGUAUGGGAUAUCCUGCAAGAAGCGACUAUUAUUACCAUGUACUUUGUGGAGGAUGCUCUGCUGCAAAUUCGGCCCAUUCUGGAGGAAAAGUUGGCCGGAAAACAAUGCAAAAUCAUUACGUGUGCCUACGAAAUGAAAGGUUGGAAUCCAACCAUCAUUGAAACAACGCUGGGAACAACCGUGUACUUGUACAAUUGGGGAAGCAUGGAGGAAGAUGACUCAUUCUUUGUGGCCGAUGACAAUUUGCUCCGUGAUAGACCAAAGGAGCUUCUGGAAGAUCCCUUGGAAAAAAUGGAAAAGCAAGGACUUGAUCUCGACAACAUUGAAACGGUUGCAAGAACCAUCACUUUGGAUCGAUACGAUUCACAAGAUACGUGGUCCGAUAGUGAAAACGAGGAUGAAGAGGAAGACAUGGAGACAGAAAACGACACCCCACCGCCGGCCAAGAAGAAAGAACUCCUUGUAGCGACAAAUCCUAGCUAG